ACUACUGAAAUUUUGAAAUCAAGUUCAAACCCAGCCUCUUCACCCUCCAUAAGUUUCCAAAAGCACAUUUCCCAUAAAGCAGUUAGCGCCAUGGUAACACUUAGAGCAGCCAUUCCAAAGCUUGGAGCUGUACUAUUGUUUGUAUUUUUGCUUCUUCAAGUCUCAAAGGCUACAAUCUCAUGUAGUGAUGUGACAAAGGAUUUGAUGCCAUGUGUGAGUUAUCUUAUGAGUGGUAGUGGGAAGCCACCAAGUGCUUGUUGUGAUGGUGCAAAAGCACUUUCUUCAGCAGCCACAAGUAGUGCUGACAAGAAGGCUGCAUGUGAAUGCAUUAAGUCAGCUGCUAGUAAUGUGAAUUACAAUGUUAAAUUGGCUCAAGAUCUUCCUUCCAACUGUGGCAUUAGUCUGCCUUUUAGCAUCUCUGCUGGCAUUGAUUGUUCAAAGAUUAAUUGAUGAUUAUGAGAGAGGAUUUGAUCAGAAGAGACCAGAAAUGACAGAAUUCUACCUAUAAAGUUGGAGAAAAGUACUACAUCAUUAUAUUAUUAUCAUAUUAUCAUAUAUAAUGCAAUAAAAUAAAACUAGCUGGAAUGGAAUCUAAUCCCAUGGAUUUUUAGAUUCCUUUUUGUUCUUUUAAUUUAUACCAUGUGAUGAAGUGUGUGCCUUUUGUUUUUGUUCUUAUAUAUAUUUACUUA